AUGUACCUUCUUUCGCCACGCUUCAAGAUGCUUCAGUGUAACGAUAUGCAGGCCAGCAUCGUCGCCGCCGAGCUUCUCAUUACCGAGAUCGAAAGACUUUAUACUCUUCUUGACAAUUCCCCGAUUCCUGACAAAACCUGGGAGAAUUCGCACACAGACGGGCAUUUUGGUACCAAUAGAGAUUGGUUAGUGAACGCUGUGAAGGAAUGGCGUCACAACUACGAUUGGAAGAAAUGGGAGAACAAGUUUAAUUCCGUCGCACAUUACACUGCAGAUGUCAAAGACGAUGACGGUAAUGUUUACACAGUCCACUUCAACGGCCUCUUUUCCAAGCGCAAGGACGCUUUCCCCAUUCUCUUCCUCCACGGAUGGCCUGGUUCUAGGGUUGAGUUUCUGCCAAUGCUCGAUCUUAUACGGCAGAAGUACACACCCGAUAACCUACCAUACCACAUCAUUGUCCCCGAUCUGAUCGGCUUUGGCUUCUCCUCCAGACCACCGCUAGACAAAGACUUCAAGGUCAUAGACAAUGCCCGAAUCUUCGCCAAGUUCAUGCGCGCCUUGGGAUUCACGUCGGAGCGUGGUGGAUAUAUGAUUCAAGGCGGGGAUCUUGGCAGUAUCGUCGGUCCCAAAGUGGCUGCGCUCGACCCUGAGACGUGCCGCCUUGUACACACCAAUAUUCUGAUGGUUCCAUCACCUGAAGGGACUAAUGUUGAGGAGGAUAUCAAGGCAGGCAGGUAUACAGAGGCUGAGAUUGACGCUUUGAACCGCGAGAAGGAAAUUCUUGGCUGGGGCGUCUCGUAUGCGGCGAUCCAAGGCACACGAUCUGCAACACUUGGCUUGGCUUUUGGAAGCAGCCCUGUUGCCCUGCUCUCUUGGAUUGGGGAGAAGUUCUUGGAGUGGCCUGACCCUGCUACCAGACCCUCAUUAGAGCUCAUCCUUACCAACAUCUCCUUCUACUGGUUUUCCCGGUGCUAUCCGACUUCGCUCUGGCACUAUCGCCUUAUGAUUUCGGGCAUUGAAGGUUUCGGAUCACAGUUCGAUGGCGUCAAGUGUCCUUUCGGGUACUCACGGUUCAAGCGAGAAUGCUGUAACCCUCCAAAGGCUUGGUUAGACAAGCUUGGAAAGAUUCAAUGGUAUAGAUCUCAUGAACGAGGUGGCCAUUUUGCAGCAUUGGAGCAACCAGAAGUCCUUUGGGGGGACGUUGAGGAUUUCGUCCAGGAGCUUGGCCUCUUGCGGCAGUGA